AUGGUGGUUCCCCGAAGCUCAUCCAAUUCCAGCGGCGGACCGGUCGCCGCGGUCGCCAAGGCCGAGACCUCGCGGAGGAAGACCAUCGCCGGAGCCUCCUCCUAUUUCCGCGUCAACUCGGAGAGCGACAUGAAGGUGCUGCUCAAGAUCACGCAGGAGAAGUUCAAGAACGAGGUCCUCACCAACAAGCACCUCAAAACCCACGGCGACAUCGUACUCAAGAACCCCUACAAGCAAGUGCCGGCGCCAUCGCCUCCGCGACCAUUGCCCAAGGACACCGGCACGGAGAACAUGACCCUGGACGAGAUCAUCAACGACAGCAACCCGUACGAGAUCUUCGCAAAUGUACAGCACAUCGGUGGCGGAGGGUUCUCGCAGGUCUACUGCGCGGUGAUGAAGGAGAGCGGGCAGAAGGUGGCGAUCAAGAAGAUGUCGCUGGACGAGUGGUACGAGCAGGAUCUGCUGGUGGAGAUCGUCAUGAUGAAGGUCAGCAAACACCACAACAUCGUCUCCUACAUCGACACCUACCGCGACGACCGCAACUACCUCUGGGUGGUGAUGGAGUUCAUGGAGGAGGGGAGCUUGGAGAAGGUGAUCGACGCGUUCCCGCGCAUCAAGAUGACCGAAAAGCAGAUCGCCUACAUAUUGAAGGCGCUCGAGUACAUCCACGGGCUGCACCGCAUUCACCGGGACAUCAAGUCCGGGAACGUGCUCAUCGGGUCCAAGGGCGAGAUCAAGCUCGCGGAUUUCGGGUUCGCCGUGCAGCUGACGGAGGGGAAGCGGAAGCGGAACAGUUCCGUGGGCACCGUCUACUGGGAGGCGCCCGAAGUGAUCAGCGGAGACAACUACGACACGAAAGUGGAUAUCUGGUCGCUGGGCAUAUUGGCGCGUGAGAUGGCCGAGGGCGAUGCCCCGUAUUUUGAGCUGCCCCAAAUGGCCGCGCUACAACGGAUCUUCAGCGAGGGCAUUCCGCCGCUGAAGGACCCCGAUCGCUGGUCGGCCGCCUUCCAGCACUUCCAGGAGCUGUGCUUCUACCGCGAGCCCGAGAAGAGGCCCUCGGCCAACGAGCUCCUCCGCCAUCCGCUGUUCUACAACCUGGCGCCGGAGUCGCUCGAGGUGGUGGACCUGAUGCGACGCGCCAAGCAGCUGGAGCCCGGCCGCAAGGGCUCCUCCGCCAGGAGGCGAAGCCAAAAGCACGGCAGCGCCCGCGACUCAAGCUGA